AUGGCGCCGGGAAACAGAACGGCUGCCCCCAGCAUGAUCUUAAGAUCAUCCAUCCCCUAUUCGGAGUCCAGUGUCUCUGGACGAAGAAAGAGAAACAAAUGGGCAGAAGAAGAGGACGCCAUUCUGUUGGAUACAGUCAGACAGGAGUCUAGCGGUAAGAUAAAUUGGCCACUUGUCGCUCACAGAGUCAAUCAAGAAAGCGGCCAAGAGCCUCGGACUGGAAAGCAGUGUCGCGAGCGAUGGCAAAACCAUCUUCGCCCUAAUAUCAAAAAGGGCAACUGGACAGCCCAGGAAGAAGAUAUGAUCCGUGUCUUGUUCGAUGCGUAUGGCCCAAAAUGGUCGUCGAUGUCAAAACUCAUGAAGAGUCGUACGGAUAACGACAUAAAAAACAAAUGGUACUCCAUGCAACGUACGGAGAAGAGCAAAAAAAGGAAGGUGGCCGAGACAAUGGCGAUAAAGAGAUCAUUGAAGACCAGGUCCAAAGAGCGACAAGAAAUCAUUGACCUCAUCACCGUAUCCAAAGCAAAUCGGCCACCUGUCGAUCGUGCACAGGACGAGAAUCAAGCCAUCGCGGCGAAUGACACUCACGUUUAUGACGAUCUACAGCCAUACUCCGCGCUAUACCAAGGUUCAUUUGACACAGAAGACGUGUCAGAACUUCUUGGUCUGAUUGCGACGGAUUCGUCCGAAGUGUAA